AUGACCUGGAUCUUCGGCUACGGCUCCAUAAUCUGGCGCCCUGACUUCCCCUACGCCGAGCGCACCCUCGCCUUCGUGGCAAACCAUACCCGUCGCUUCUGGCAAGGAUCGCCCGACCACCGCGGAACUCCCACAUCUCUCGGACGGGUCGUGACACUCGUCCCAGAACCCGGCGAGGUGUGCUGGGGCUUUGCGUACCGUGUCCCUCACGACCGCGUAGACGAGGUCAUGGCGUACCUCGACCACCGCGAGCGCGGCGGCUACAUCCGCAUCUCAGUGCCAUUCCACCGCGCCUCGUCCGUCUGCGCAAACCCCCUCCACAACAUGGGCCCAGCCAUCGAGAGUAUCACCUACAUUGCAGCCCCCGAUAACGAGCAUUAUCUCGGCCCUGACGCUCUUCCGCGCAUGGUUCGACAGAUUGCCAGCGCCGAGGGAGAGAGUGGGAGGAACGCUGAUUAUGUCAUCAACCUCGCUACGCAUUUGCGUGACAUGGGGCUCGAGGAUCCACAUGUCUUCACCCUCGCUCAGGCUGUUAGGGAGGCCGUCGCAAGCCCCGUCGUACAGGCCAAGGUCCUCGAAGCACUCGAACAAGAGGCCAAGGAACGCGCUCGCUUGAUUCACUGCGCCUCCAACCUGUACACACGUGCCCAACUGGACGACACCAAUAUGCUCUAG